AUGCCGCGUCUCCUUAACACUGAUGAUUACCUUGAGAUCAUCAAGUGCCGAUUCUCAAACGGCUCAUACGACGAGCUUCUGUCCUAUUUCUCGGACUUAACUUCCACCACGAUUCUCCUGCUCGGGGUCAUCUGCACCAAGCGGACCACACUAUCAAGCUCUGUGCAACCUGCCAAAGCUCCAAGCCUUAGCUCAUAUACCACGCUCUACCUCAGCUGGGUUGAUCUUAUAAAUAUAUGUCGCAGAAACCGCGAAAGCUUCAGCGCAUCUCAAGAGCCUGUAGGCGACUUUUGCAACAGACGCAGCAUCAAAUGCCGCCAAAACGAGGACCCGCUAGGUCGCUGUCAGAAUUGUGCGGACUUCGAUGUGCCAUGCACCUUUGAUCGCCCCGCAAAACGCCGGGGCGUCAAGGCUGGGUCCCUAGUGAGUAGCCGCGAUACUCAGUAUGCGAGUAUAUCAGGUGACCAUGGUAUCCCCGCGCCUGCAGCGACUGCGAGUGGCGAAAGAGCCUCUGGCUCAUCGAUUUCUCGCAGUUCGUAUCGUCCAUCGAUCUCCGGCGAUCCCUGGUCUACCUUUGGCCAUGGCUGGUCCACAGCCGAGAGUGAUGAUGGCGAUGUGACGCUGCACAAUUCUUGGAAAGCAUUUGCCAUUACCUGUGACCGGCAAAUAAAAAAUUUAGUCCAGGUGUACUUCGAGACCGUCUAUCCAAUAUUUCCCUUGUUCCACAUGCCGUCAUUCAUUGAGCAGAUCAACAGCAAGGAGCACCUCCGCAAUCAAGGGCUCUUUGCGUCUACGAUGGCUGUUUGCUCUUUGGCCUCCGGUCGUGCCCGUGACGGCGCGUUGUACUCUAAUCGGUGGCACCGAGAAGAUCUAAUAGAUCCACCCUCUGAGGUUUUCUUUGCUGCUGCUCGAGACUCGAUUCCUCGGGACCUUCUCGCAGCCAAAGGUAUUCACUAUAUGCGCGCGUGUGCCAUACUUGCUUUAGCCAGCAUCCAAAACGGCCAGAUCAAAAAUAUGCAGAAGUAUUCCGGCUUAUACCACACCUUGACUUCGAUGGAUGGCCUCUAUGAUGAAAAGCUUUGGCCAAAGGUCUUGAGUCCGAUUGAGACGGAGGAGCGGCGGCGGCUUUUCUGGUCUAUCUACACGCUGGACAUAUAUUCGACUGUUGUACGACGAAUUUAUCACAAUUCACGGCUAUGGCGUGCCGAUUUUAUCACCGAAAACGAAUUCGCUUUCCCCGGCAACAUGACCAUCGUUUAUCGACCGCCCGUGGCCUGGCUGCGUGGUUGGAACUUCACCACUGACCUCUACCGUAUUCUUGAGUAUGUGGUCGAUGGCAAUAGGCGUCGCUUCUCGUCAGCUAACGGGACGACACAAAUGUGGUCACUAUUUGAUCCAUUAUCCAUAUCAGAGCCGGCGGUCAUGGAUCGAGUCAUGACUAUGUACUCCGCACUCCCAUCGCAGUUUCACGAAACGCCGCCAAUCACAGGAGACAUGUCUAAGGACUUAUUCGGGUUCCAGUCAGCCAACAUUCAGGCGACCCUACAACUCCUUCGAAUGGUGCUUUUGUCUGCUGAGGAAGUUGGGGUGGAGCGAAAAUGUGAUGUCGCGGGUGAAGUGCUUCAAGUGUUUUCAAAUGUGCCCAUCGAGUACUUGAAAGCGAUCAGCUCCCCUUUGCUCCAUCACCUUGGCGGAAUUGGCUACAUCCUCGGCUCUGUCAUAGAUGGGAGUUUGUCUGAAGCAUCCUACACACGAGUUCGCACGUUACUUCUUAAAAUAGCCGAUCUCUUACAACAUCUUGAAACGGGCUCACAAAGUGCCUCCGACGCCGGUGAACGACUGCGGACCCAGGUUGAUCGAAUAGACGGUUACAUGCGUACCUCACUUCUGCUAGACAUUUCCUCACCAAGUAACGCGAUGCCAGUCAUCAACGGAAUUUCAGAAGCUGCUGUCCCGUCAGUGUAUGCACAGAACGCCUCCGCAGCCGGGACCACGCCUAGCGCCGGCGUCGAUCAGAUGUCACAGUUUCAGCUACCACCAGAACUGCUCACAGAUUGGCCAUGGCCGUUGGAUUCUUAUAAUACGGAGGGAUUUCUGCCUUUUGCCUUCGACUAG